UCAAUGCAAGGGAAUACUGUGCACUAUCAUAUUACUAUAGAAAAUACUCAUAAAUAAACAAUACUGAAACAAAUGCGUACAAAAUACAGAAAAAAGAGAGUAAGAAUUGGACAAAAUUUCUUAAAGUGCCGACAAGAAUUACUAUUGCUACUGUACAUGUUAUUAAAUAACCACGCAUGCGUACAUAUCAUGCUCGACAUGUUUGAUCAUUUUCCACGCGGUCGUGGUAUCGCAUGUUUAUACGGUUUAUGUUUAUACUGUCAAAACCGGUCAAGGAAACAAUUGUCUAAAAAUGCCUAUUGAUCAAAAGCGCAUUAACGGCCCAGAGGCUUCCUUUCCUUAUCACAUUUACUCUAAUAUCAACGACAGAAGCGGUGAAAUAAAGUACGAUCUCAGUAAAAGAAGUGAUAAACGUACAAACAAUGAAAUGAGAAAAAUUUUUUUAAAAACAGGUGUAAUUAGUCAGGCCAAAGGUUCCGCAUAUAUCGAAAUGGGAAAUACAAAGGUAGUUUGUUCAGUAUUUGAUCCCAGAGAAGUACCAAACAAGAAUGGUUAUUGCGUGCAGGGAGAAAUCUACUGCGAGUUUAAGUUUGCUCCUUUCUCCUGUGAAAAGCGAAAAAUUCAUCAACAGAGUGCAGAGGAAAAAGAAUGUAGUUUAAUCUUACAAAGAUCGUUAGAACCUGCAGUUUGUUUGCAUGAGUUUCCUAAUUUUCAAGUAGAUGUAUAUGCAGUGGUCCUAGAUAAUGUUGGAUCUUCUUUGGCUGCAGCAAUCAUUGCAGCUAGUGUUGCCUUAGCUAAUGCGGGUGUUCCUAUGUUUGGUUUGGUUACAGCUUCCACUAUUGGCAUUUACGACAACCACUUCUUAGUGGAUCCCACAGACACGGAAGAGGCAAUAUGUAAUACACAACCAGAACAACAAGACGAUUUUAAUCAUGGAAUAAUUACAGUAGCUAGUCUUCCCCAACAUGGUCAAAUUUCAGAAGUAUUUCUAGUUGGAAGCAUUGACGCAGAUUCAGUUAUACGUGCAACAGAUAUUUUAACAACAGUUAAUAAAGACAUUUGCCCUGUGCUUCAACAAUGUUUAGUUAAAACUAUUAUGAAACUACAUAAUUAA